AUGCUGUCGAAUGCGAUCUUGCAGAAUUCUGGAUGCUUGACGCCCGGUACUCCCAUUGCGCACGCCACGAAGCACGACUUGGAAUUCCCGGUAUGGAUCGCGGAGUAUACUCUCUAUCAUCAUGCCUGGGAUAAAUUCAAGCAUCUCGGAAUAAUCGACCCUAGCUACAGGGCCGUUCGCAAUGCGUUCGAGGCAGACUUCGGUCUGCUACGCGCAUCAGCCAUACAGACCCGCCGGACGACAGUCUAUACUCAUAAACUCGGAGACGAGCACCUCAAGUGCAUAACCGAGGACUUUAUGGAUGAAGGGCUUAGAGACAUUUUGGCUGGGAUGCUCACGAUAGUGCAGGCGCAAAACCCAGGAUCCGCAACGGACCCUGCCGCGACGAACAUCAGGUUUUGGGAGAUGCCAGGACAUGGCAGGCAGGCGGGUGACGCCAAAGAUACGACCUGUAAUGGUUUGCAGAGAUCACUAGAAAUAUAUCUGGAGCUCAAGUGCCUUUAA